UCCAUCUCUCUCUGCCGGGACCAAAAAGACUGUGGGCCGCCAACCCGCAACCAGGUCUAGUCUGGCUGUUCCGGAGCACAGUGUGUGUGUCUGUGGGAGUCCGCCAUGAGGGACUACUCAGGUCCUGCCAGCCACGGAGGCUCUUGUGUGGCCUGCUGCCAAGUUUGUGUCUUCUUCUUCACUGCAGUCCUUAUUGUCGCGGAGAGGGCAGCGCUGAUUUACUGCUUUGUGUACUAUCUGUGGGUGGGUCACAACUACUGCUAUGCCCAUCUGGCUGGAUUCACCGCACUCUUCUUGCUACCAGGUUGGGGUCCACAGUGGCUCAGCUACUUGUGGUACCUCUCAGAUGGAAAAAUCCGCAGAAAGUCUCUCACCUGGACUCACGUACUGCACUUGGGUAUUUUCAAAAGGUUGUGGGAGUGCAUGCAUCUUUCAGACAUGGACGUGUAUGGCGAGAUCAUGCAGCAGGCCGACGUGUCUGCCUUGCGCCUGUUGGAGGCCUUGGUGGUCACUCUCCCCGAAACACUGCUCCAUACCUACGUGCUCAUCUGCACUGAUAUAGGCAUCAAAUCACCAGCAUCAGUGUGUUUUGCCGUGUGUUUGUUAUCUCUGGCCUGGGCGUUGGUCCUGUACGCCCGGGCAUGUCAUCUCAUCAGACCAGGACACCUGCAAAUGACCCCUGCAUCCAUCUUUUGUCGACUCCUGUGGAGGGUCAGUAUGUUGGGGUCUCGAUUCGGCGUACUCAUGCUUUUCACACGGGUCUUCAAACAGUGGAUUCUUGGCGUUAUAGGUGUGCACUGGUUGGGGACAACAGUUUGGAUGGUUUCUCAGCAGACUGACAUUAUCCGUUCAACUAGUCGAUGGAGACUCUUCAAUCUGAUUCUUGGAGCCAUUCAUAUAUUCUUUUUCCUCAACGUGAAGUACGGCCCGUCACGCUUCCGAAUGGCUGGCUUCUAUCUGGUAAUGUUUUUAGAGAACAUUUUCCUCCUGCUGGCCUCGUCCUGGUUGUUCAGCAUGGUGUCAUGGGAUACGGUGGCCAUCCCAGCCGCGGUCCUCUGCAGCUUCCUUAUCGGUGUAAUCUCGUUGGUGCUAUACUAUCGCUUCCUCCACCCCAAAUCCUUUGAGAUCUUCCAGAGCAUUCGCCGUCGGGGGAUCAGCGGCGCCUGCAUGGAGACUGGAUCCAUACUUUCGUUGGAGGAGAAAGUCACUCCUACUUUCCAUCGCCAUGCAACACUGUCUGGAGGCGGAACCCUUAUGGAGCUCCCGCUCCAGUGGGAGGGCUGGAGGCAUCAUCACUGGCUGCUGAUUCGACUGGCUUUGAAGACAGGGGACGUGCCCAAAAUCUGGUCGCUCUACGGAGAAGGCGGUCUGGCUGGACUCAUGGGUCUGUGUGAAGAGAUUCACUAUGGCAAUGAACCUCGUCGUGUACCGCAGGCUCCACGUGUCCCACCUCAGGUUCUUCAGAAGCUACAACCAGCUCCUCAACCACCCCCACCUCAGGUGAUCCCAGCUCCACAGGAGAGAGAGGUGGCACCGCCACCAAAGCCAGCUCUUACCAAUGUCAUAGCCAGACCUGUGAGGAAAGCUCCUCCCACAACCAUCCACGAUAUUAAACUAGUUCCAGAGAUCAUCCCAGUGCACGAGGCCAUUCUUGAAGAGGUCACAGAGGAUUUCAGUGCUCCACACUCAGAGGAUAGAGGUGAGGAAGAGUUUCAAAGUGCGAUUUAUGGCUCACCUACCCUUUCAUCACCUCCCCCACCGGGAAGCCUGCGCCACAUCGACAGUAAUGCUGGCACCUUGACCGAGAAGUCGUCCUCAGCCGCUUCUCUGGAUAUCAAGACCCCCGGCUGGUCACCCGAACGUCGCUCCCCUCUCCUGAUCAGCUCCCCAGAGAAGAAAGCAUCCACGCCGUUAGAUCCAAACCUUACCUCCUAUUUUAGUGUAGAUGCACCCUCUCCCUCCACUGGAAGCUACCUGGGCUGGGGGUCUGAGCUGUCCCCCAUCUCCACCUACCGAAGCCCCUACCGCAUCAGGGAGGCUCGUUUCGUCCCAUCUCCCCCGCGUCCGGAAUCUCGAGCUGGGACAGUGAGUCCAAGUCUGGCCCCUGUUGUUAUCAUCCCUGCUACGCCCGGCACGACUCCACGCGCGACCCCGAGUGGGACCCCUGGUUCCAUUACACCCGCGGCCUCCACGCCCACCGCCUCCACGCCUGCUGCGUCCACUCCAGGUGCUGCAACCCCUGCGAGUGCUACUACACCCAGCACCCCGAUUGUGCCACUCACACCAGUCAUCUCCCACGCCAGAAAACAAAUGGUCCAGUUGGUGGACAGCAGAGAGAGGGCGGUGUAAGAAAGAUGAAAUCAACAGCAUUCACUGACCAUUAGGUACACCUGCAAUGGAUGUUUCACAAAUUCUAGUAUUUUGGUAACCUUAUUUGUACAUUAUUUAUAUAUUAUUAUUAGUUUUUUACCUGCUUGGCAUGUUUCAGCCACUUCCUGUAGCCUUCCUCAGAAGCAUCAAAACAUGUUAAGCAGGUAAACAAACUCGCCUCUCUCUUACUAAAAGAAAGUAUCUAAGUAAUUUACCAAGUGAAGAAAGUAUGAACAUUCACCAAAGACAUAGUUUGUGACCCAUGGACCUCUUCGUUGUUAAAUCUGGCCCACUGAGAUGAUCAAAAUCCCGGUAAUAUUUGUUCCAUCAAUUUAGCCCUUGUCACCUAAAAUUGAUUACAUAAUGUUUUUAUUUCAUCACUUCAUUAAAUAAAUGGUAAAAUGAUUUAUUAUAGAUAAUACAAUUCAAAAUUGUAUGAAAUCAUUUUACACGAAGGUUUACCGACCCGUGGUUAACACUAUGGUGGGAGGUGUACCUAAUGUAGUGACUGCACAGGAUUUUGUGAAGGAAAAAAAACACAAUUUGAAGCAUGCCUUCUCCCUGCUCAUUACUUGUACACAGAAAAUGUGCAGACAGUUUCUUUGAACUGGUAGGCGUAAUCCGAACUGAAACAAAACAACACGUUUAUUUUUCCGAUCAAAAAUACCAAGUGGAAGAUCUCCCUGCUGAUAAAAACGUAUUUACGCUUUCAAGCAGGUUACCAAAAAAAAAAAAAAAACUCAUUUGCAUUAUGGUGACAUUUGAGAUUUGUUUUCUCGAAGUAAGAAAUCA